AGGUCAUUCCUGGCAACGCGUUAGUCGUCGACAAGUCCAUGCCUUUCACGCAGCUGGGCCAUUUCGGCAACGCGUUCCUCAGCCGCUUCGAAUGCGCCAAGCUGAACAGCCCCGUGCUGGAGGGAAUCAGCCUGAUAGACUCGCCUGGCGUCCUGGCGGGCGAGAAGCAGCGGGUGAACCGGGGCUACGAGUUCGAGGCCGUCACCAAGUGGUUCGCAGACAGGGUAGACAUGAUACUCGUGCUCUUUGAUGUCUCCAAGCUGGACAUCUCAGACGAGUUCCGCCGAGUUCUCCUGGCAGUCAAGGGCAACGACCACAAGAUACACAUGAUACUCAACAAGGCGGACCGCGUCACGACGCCGCAGCUGAUGCGAGUGUACGGCGCUAUGAUGUGGUCCCUGGGGAAGGUUAUCGACACCCCCGAGGUGUCCCGCGUGUAUAUCGGCUCAUUCUGGGACGAGCCCCUCACGAACGACGAGCAGCGCAGACUGUUCGAGUCGGAGGAGAACGAUUUGUACACAAGUUUAGCUCAGCUUCCCCGCGGUGCUGCUGUUAGGAAGUUGAACGACUUGAUCAAGAGAGCCAGAUUAGCCAAGGUGCAUGCUUACAUCUUAGACCAUCUCAAAAGAAAGAUGCCGACAAUGUUCGGGAAGGGAAAGGAGAAGGAGAAGCUAAUAGCGAAUUUGACAUCGCAUUACCAAGAGAUUGCCAAGGAAAGGGCGAUCACCUUGGGGGAUUUCCCAGACCCGCGGAUGAUGCAGGAGAAACUUGCCCAAGUAGAUUUCACCAAGUUCGCCAAGCUGGACAAGAAAAAGCUUGACGUGCUGGAGUUGAUGCUCAGCAACGAGGUCCCGAAGCUCCUCCAGCUGAUCCCAGAGGAGGUGGCGGGAGUUGCUGACGCGACGCUGGAGCAGGUCGGUCCCGAGGCUUCGCCGUUCGCAGUGAUGAAGGUUGGUGGCGCCACGGAGCUCAGCGUCUACCAGACGCAAUGGCUGGUGCCUCCCAAUGUCGAGGAGUACAGGGCGGACUUCGUGCAGCUCGGCCCCAACGCGGCGGGGAGGAUAACCGGACAGAAGGCAAAGCCCAAGAUGACCGAGAGCAAAUUGCCCUCGAACAUAUUGCAUAAGGUCUGGACGCUGGCGGAUGUGGACAAGGAUGGGAACCUCACGCUCUACGAGUAUGCGCUGGCCAUGCAUUUCGUCAAGAUGAAGUUGGACGGCCAGGACCUCCCAGCCACCCUCCCGGCGAACAUGCACCCCGCAGCGGCCAGCGCCGGGUGAGCUGGGAGAGCGCGCAGCCACGCCGCCGCGCCGCCGCGGGCGGGCGCGCGCAGCCACGCCGCCGCGCGCCUCGGGCCGACCCCCUUCUUCGGUUGCUGGUCUCACGCAAAGUAGCUCCAAUUCGGUAGGCGAUCGGAGUGGAGAAUUCGGACGUGAAGAAACCCCCAGUAGGUUUCACGAGAGCUCCAGGCGACCCCUCCCCGCUUCUGGCCCCCGCGUUUCACGUUCCUGGGGAACUCCUUGGUCAGAAGCGAGGUCCGAGGUGGGAUUCACGCCAGGGGCUCUCCCUGUGCCUCAGGUGUCGCCACACCUCACUUCCUCCGUUGCUUCUCGGCUCGAAAGUUCUCGCCCCCCUCUCGUCCUCCUUCACCUCCCCCGCAGCAGCGACAGCAAGAGAAGUAGGCGGCGCCAGGUAGUUUUCAGGCGUCUGCGGCGCGCCGCGGGCAGUCUGCAGCACGCCUGUCGAAAGCCCCGACCUUCCCCGGCGCGCCGGAGAAAACAGUCGCUGCGUGGCGAGCGUCAGCCAAGUGAGGCGAGAAUUGGG